GCUGAGGCGGAGGAACUGCUGCAGCGCCACGGGGGCCACUUUGGCUACAGCGCGUUCUUUGAGUCCGUCAGGGACAAAGUGCUAAAUGCUACUCACAGGCUCAUGCGGUUCAAGACAGAUAUUAUUGCAGCUGUGCAGCAGCAGCAGCAGCAGCACUUGCUACGGCAGCAAACGCAGCAACAGUGGCUUACCUUUGGCCCCCACACCCUCUCGGCCUCGUCCACUGCAGAGUCUUUCUCCGUUUCUCCCUUCAAGCCUGACUACGUCCAGUCUACUGCAUCACUACAAGCAGCAGCAGCAACAACAACAGCAGUUGGAAUUCCAGUCCCUCAGAAGCAGCAGCAACAGGGGCUGCUGCUGCACGACCCACAGCAGCAAGAUUUACUGUUGGCUGACGGCAGAAGGAUAGCUACAAACAUCAUCUUAAAGGCUAGAUCUCUUGCGGCAAAAAGGUCACCAGCAGAGAUGGAGGCCUUGCUGCUGCACUACAACGGCGCUAAGCAACAGCAGCAGAACCAGCAGCAGCCACAGCAGACCUGUUGCAACUUCGCGACAGCAGAAGAGGCCCUGAAGCUCUGCGAUGCCACCGCCUCUCUUGUGGCAGCAGAAAACUCGCUGCUUGAGCUGGAGCUCCCGCUUCGGGUGUACGGCGAUCUGCACGGCCAGCUCGUGGACUUGUUGGAUUUUUUCGGUUCCUUCGGCUGGCCUGAAGAUUUGAUUUCGGGCCUCGGGUGUUCUCUGUUAUUUUUGGGGGACUUUGUGGACCGCGGCAUUUUCAGCUGCGAGGUGCUGCUGCUGUUACUCUCCUUCAAAGUACUUUUCCCGGACAAGGUGUGGCUGCUGCGAGGAAACCACGAAGACCGCCCAAUGAAUUACAUUUACGGGUUUUACGCGGAGUGCGUCAGCAAGCUGGGGGGCACAGAAGGAGAGGCUCUAUGGAAAAGAGCCAACAGCUUGUUUGAGUUCUUGCCUCUUGCUGCUGUAGCCAGGGCAGAUGGGCUCUUUUUCAUUCACGGCGGCAUAGGGGACAGCAUAACUUCUUUGCAGCAGCUCAAAGAGCUCCAGAAGCCCAUUACGGUGCCGCAGCACGUCGACCGCAGCCAAAAGGACAACGACGACACCGUGAUGAGGGCCUGUCGAAUUAUUGACUGUCUCUGGAGCGACCCCGUUAGCCCGGAAGAAGGCGAGGGAGAAAAGACAGAAAGUGUCAAGUCCAGCCGAGGCUGCAACACAGUCAGGUAA